AUGGCAGGGGAAACAACCGAUACCCCGCCACAAUGCAGUAAAGCCCUUGCUGCGUCUUUACUCGAAGAAUGCAACACACUUCUAUCUGAGGUCACAUUCCUACAAUUGUAUCUUGCUUCCAUCGAUAAGCCCGACGCAAUCGAACUACGUCAGUUCAAGUCCUUCGUGCAAACCGAGUUAAAAUUGUUGAAGAAGUUUGCGGAACUAGCGACGAAGACGAAUAAGCCGAUAGAUGCCAGCCCGGAAAAUGAUUAUGACGCGGGUCAAGAUAAGGAAGAGCAACGAGUACUACACUCACUACGGUCGUCAAAUCUACAGUUCUAUUCGUCCGUGUGGAGCGUGGCGAAAACGGCUUGUACUGGCCUGGUUGCGUUCUGCAAGCGAUUUUACUUGUAUAAAUCUAAAAGCGAGCACGGGUCUGGAGCUGUGACGGGACAGACCGACACUCCAACUUUGAGCACAGAUCUUGAACGUUCGUUACAGGGUUUGCCUGUUUCAGCAGAUACCCACAAGGAAAUUGAUGAGAGACUGAACAAGGAUGGAUUACAUAUGAGAAGUGUGCUGGUGGAUAUAGUAUCUGACAAUGGAGAGGAGUGGGUGAAAGUGUCCAAUAUCACGCCUUCUAGGCUACUGUACGAGCUGGCCAAAUUGGGUUGGGAGAUGGGAAGUGAUUCGGCUGUUGACGAUUUUGAGGAGCACAAUGCUGGAACAUAUAGGCUGCGAAAUGACGAUAGCGACGAUGAAGAUGAGAAUGCCAUCGAAUUGGUAAAACUUGCUACAGAUAUGAAAAAAGCGGCAGCUCUAGUCAGAGUUAGAUAUAAGCAUCCUCGGAUUCGUUUCGUUCUCUCCAAAAUUGUGGAGGGAAAGAUUCCAGAAAUUGAUACUAUUAUUAAUGAUAUUCGAAAAGUCGGUGUUACAGUGGAGUGUGCUGGCAACCCAGAAAAUGGGUCCAAGCUUUGGACAGCUUCCAGAGGAACAGAUGUCGAUCAAAAACCCAAAACAAUGGAGGAUAUAUUUCCGACUUUGCUACCUGAUCCUCAUCCACAUAUGAGCUCCACCUUAAAUGUCGACUGCACUUUGCUCCUAGCUCUGGUGUCUGACCUAUCACAUUUCCAUAAUAUUGAUCCAUCAACAAUCCAUCAUCCCGCAAUUAUCCGGCAGAUUGAACUUGAGGCAAAACAGCCAUUGGUAACAUCAGAACUUUGGCCGGCAAUGAGCAAUAGGGAGCUGGUAUGUACUGAAGAAGCCGCUAAGAGAAUGCACGAAAUUGUCGAGACAAUUGGUACCGCGAGUGAGAAGCAAAGAAAGAAGCUGAUGAUGGGUGAAACGGAUAUAAAGUUGGGUAGAGAGGAGUUGAUAUCCCAAUUUCAGAAAUUAUCGGAUCACAAAGUUCCAAUGGAUUGGAACAUUCCUAUUAAAUUAGUAAAUGCCCAGUCAGAAAUCGAACGGGGUUGGAUAGACGGGAUCCUCCCCCCUCAGGCUAGCGAAAUUGCGAGUCGAUUAAGUAAUAUCAACGCCAGUGUGUUUCUAUAUGGCUGGGCAUCUGGCCGGACGACGAUCUCGAGCAAUCGGACGGUGGCCAAACAGAUAGAAGUCUUCAUCGAGGAGAACAGAAACGGCGAUGAUGAAUUGGUAGGCCCGCUUGUUUGGGUUUGCGAGACGGCAAGGAGCUUGGUUGGCAAGGAGAGCAAUAGGAAGAGUUAA